CACAACCCAAAUGUGAAUUCAUUAUAAAUUAUAUAACUUCUGGUCUCCUGCUUCUUCUUCGAAAUGUUGCCCCGACCAGAAGGCGAAGGGGAAGGAGUGCUCCCGUGGACCCAUUAAAAUCCGCCUCCCAUAAGAAAACUACCCAAAAGCAAACCAAACUCUCAAGUGUUUGUUGUGACACGCACACAAGUUGCCCAUUUGUCGAACUGGGACACAAGGAUACCAGUGCUAACUAACCCUUUUUAACCCCUCCAACUGCUUGUGUUCCUUCGUUGAUGUCAAUAGUCAUUAAGGAAACAGCCAAACAUGACAAAACUUUGGAAGAUGACACUUCUGAUCCAUUUGUUGGUUCUGCAUUUAACACCAACUGUGUUCUGCUCGCCCUCGCCCACAUCGUUGGCAUCUUCUUCAUCGUCUUCACACUAUGGCCGUGCUCAAAAAACCAAACAUUAUGCCGGUGCUGGGACCUCAUAUCACCUGAGCAAAGCGUUGGCGUCAUCCUCGGCAGCAGGUGCGGCAGCAUCAGCAUCACAUCCCACCGAGUUGGAGCAUCAUCAUCAUCAGCAUCAGCGUCGUCAACAGUUUGGCUCAAACUCUCGACACUUAAAUGGCCGCAAACAGCAGCAUGUGGAGAAUGUGGGUGUCAGCAGCGGCUAUGCGCUGGUGGAUGAGCCCACUAUAUCAGAGGAAUACAUGGAUCCAUUCCCCCAACCCCAUUCGCCGGACAACACUGUCAUUGUCAAUCAUCAGCAGAUGAGCACUUGUCAGACGGUGUGCGCCUGCAAGUGGAAGGGUGGCAAACAGACGGUCGAAUGUAUUGAUCGCCUGCUUAAACAGAUACCGGACAACAUAGACCCCUCCACCCAGGUGCUGGAUAUGUCGGGCAACAAGCUGCAGACCCUGCUGAACGAAGAGUUUGUGCGCAUAAAUCUGCUGAACCUGCAGAAAUUGUAUCUGCGCAAUUGUCGCAUCGAGCACAUAGAGCCGCAAACAUUUAAGGGACUCACAAAUCUGGUCGAAUUGGACCUGUCCCAAAAUCUGCUGUACAACGUACCCUCCAUGGCCCUGAGUUAUAUCUCCUCGUUGCGGGAUUUGACCAUAGCCUCGAAUCGCAUACAGAAAAUUGAACCCAACGCCUUUAUGGAUACCCCCGCUCUGCAUAAAUUGGACUUAUCGCACUGUGACAUACAGGUCAUUGCUCCGCAAGCCUUUGAGGGUCUGGAGGGUCUUACGCUGCUGCGUUUAAAUGGCAACAAGUUGAGUGAAUUGGUUCCUAAGACCAUUGAGACACUGAGCCGUUUGCAUGGCAUUGAGUUGCAUGAUAAUCCCUGGAUAUGCGAUUGUCGCCUGCGCGAUGCCAAACUAUGGCUUAUGCAGAAGAAUAUACCAUACCCGGUGGCUCCAGUGUGUGGAGGCGGUCCGGAAAGGGUGCUAGAUCAAUCGUUUGCCGAACUGAGUAUAGAUGAUUUUGCCUGCAAGCCCGAGAUCUUGCCCUCAAGUCAUUAUGUGGAAGCCACCAUGGGUGAAAAUGCCUCCAUAUUGUGCAGGGCCAAAGCCAUACCAGCACCUGUGGUCAACUGGUAUUGGAAUGGCCGGCUGUUGAGCAACAACACCGCUUUCAGCUCCCACCAGCGUCUGCAUAUACUGGAACAUGGAGGUUUUGAGAAAACCUCUCGCUUGGUUAUGACCAAUGCUCAAGAGAUCGACUCCAGCGAAUUCUUUUGCGUGGCCGAAAAUCGUGCUGGCUCCUCCGAGGCCAAUUUUACAUUACAUGUGCGCAUGAGAGCGGCCGGCAUGGCAUCCUUGGGCAGCGGUCAGAUCGUGGGCUUAAGUGCGGCCCUAGUAAUUCUAAUAUUAUGUGUUCUUCUCUUUGUCAUGUUCCUAAUGAUGCGCCUCAAACGGGAGCCGUAUAACGCCACCAAGACGCCCAACAACAUGGAAGUCAUCACCAGCAUCAACCAGCAAAACAUGAUGGGCAACAAGAGCCAAGCGAAUGGCAUGAACGGCAAUGUAGGCUCUGGCAAUGGCUCUGGGGGAGAUGCAAAAAUUAUCACCGAUGAAAUGGAUCUGGGCGAAAAGGACACCUCGUCCAUUCAAAGUGCAAAUCCCCUGCAGAAACCACCCCGACUCACCGACAUGGCCUACUCUACCAAUGGCAGUGUUUUGGCCACAGCACCCUGUUUCAUAUCGCCCACCGCCUCCGCUGGCAAUAAUCCGGAUUUAAUCAAUGACACCAAACGCUUCGAGGGAGAUGAAUUUGCCGAUUUGAAAAUACCACCCAUCCUGACGAAGGCCUUAAACUCGGAGCUGGCCGGCCUGACCACCAAUGGAGAAUAUAAACGAGCUGGUGGCUGCGAUUCGCUGUACCCCUCCGGCCUGUGGGAGGACAUAACAGCAGUGGCUUGCACCUCAUCGGCCGACGAUUUAUUCCUGCGACGUUACUCGGACAAAACGCCCAUCAUGGAGAGCACCCAGCUGUACGAUAUGCACGAGAGUGGUAGUAGCACGGAUAACUUUAGUAAAACCUUUCCACGCACUCAUUUCAAUCACACCCUGCAAUCCAAUGAGGGCAGCUGUCAUAUGAACACUGAAUCCACAGCUUCCACAACAACAACGAACCUUUCCAACUCCGGCUCCGGCCUGGUAAUGGGUGGUUAUCCUAACGACUAUGGCUUGCCGGUGGUGCCCGGUGCCGAGCUACAGCUGCAGCAUCACCUACAAAUGAAUCCUCUGCAGAAGCAGCUGAUGUGCGGCACACUGGGUCGGCCAGGCGCCAGCAAUCCGCUGUGUAGAGCUACAUUAACUUCAAGUAACUACACGGGCACUACCACCACCAGCAGUCCACCGCCCUUCACCAGCCGAACUCUGCCACGCCAGAGGCCUCACAACACCAGCCUUGAGGCCAGCAGCAGCUCGCGAACAUCGCCCAUCCACACCAGCCUAGCACCAAAUUCUGCAUCGAUUAAUGCCAAGACGAUACGUGUUUGGCAAAAAGGUGGAGUUCCUGUCCUGCCACCCGUGACUGCAAUCAAGCGGGCCCUCAUCAGCACCACCAGUCGCAACUCUCCAGACGAGGGCUACCAAGAAGGCUGUGGCACCGAUGUGUAAAUGAAGAGCCUUCCCUCUCCACAUCCCCACGUGAGCUUUCGCUGGCGAACUUAGCUUUGUUUAAAUCGAUUCGACAAAGGAUGUGUGCUUAUGGCGCCAUCCAAAUUUGCGCCUGACUGAAUUUUAAGUUGCAUCAAAUCCCCCGCCCGCCCGGCCCACUCCAUUGCAGCGGAAGCUGCAUCGUUGGUCGUUUUGGUCUAAGGAAUACUUGUAAAACCUAUGAAUCUUAAGUGGUGUGGCACACACACACACGGAUUGGGGACGGAUUGUCGAACUGAUGGCACAACAGACAUUGAACUGUGGAAGAAAGGUGUCCCCGACGACAACAACAACAACAAAAAUGUAAAGAUAUGCUGCAACAAGUUGCAUAUCAACAGGAAUGUGAUAGUGUAUGCGUAAAUAGAUAAUAAUUUUGUAAAAAAAAGAAAUAUUUAAAACUGAACUGAAGAAAGAAAGAAACAAAGAAUGAAACAAAAAUAUAAAUGAUGUAAAAUUUAAGGAUUCCUUCAAAAACAAAUCGAAAGCAUAUUCAUACGAACCCCCUUACAGGACAUAAGGAAGGCAAGGGUAAAUCCUUGAGUGCACUCAAAGAGCAGCCGUUUAUGAGUUGCAGGUUGAUAUGAUGUGCCUGCCGCCUAAUUUCGAAGAACUUUUUUGUUUUCUUAAGAUUUGUGUCUGACAUCUUUCCCAUUUUAAUGAUUUCAAAAUGUCAACGGUAACAGCAAUGCCAGGAAAAUGUCAAAGUUGCAAAAUAAGCCAACAUUUUUUCAAAACAAUGUUCAGCCUCUUUUCGGGUGACGGCCUGUUUGUCUGUCCACCCAUUUGCGUAUAAUAAUAUGAACAAAAAGUAAAA